AUGGAGAAAGCACAUUCGAUGGAACAAGAAGAAGAGCAAAAUAUUGCGAGUACUGUUACUUCCGAAGAACAGGAAAUUGCAGUUUAUGAGGAUGUAGUGGAUGUGGAAAUUAUAGACUUAGAUGAUGAUACUGUUGAAGACGAAGAGAAUGAAGGAAACAAGAAGCUUUAUCAAACAGGAUUAUUAUUAUCAUCGUUAGAAGAUGUAAUUACAAUUGACCAGGAAUUAGAAGAGAAACAAAAAUUAUUUCAAUUGAAUUAUAAAAAAAUAACCAAAGAAAUUUCAAUUAUGAAAGAAACUGGAGUGAAAAAAGUUGAUGAAUGGCAAGAUGAUUGUGAAAAUUUGGAAUUGGAAACCGAGAAAUUUGAAGCUGAAGAUAUGACUAGGUUAAAAGCUCAUGUCAAGUCCAUCAUGGGUGCUAACAUCUCCUUCAAUUCUAACAAUAAUCCCAAUAGCAGCGAUGGUAGUAAUUCUGAUACUAAUACUAAUUCUCAGGUUAAUGAAGCAAUGUCACCUGCUGAUACAAUGACAAUUGCUAUCACUCUGCAAACAAUUCAUCAACUUGACAUUUUGUCAGCUUUGACUAAACGAAGAUCAAAUGAAUUGGAUGUGCUAGCUCUUAGAGUAGAAUGGGAACGUGAGGUUGCCAAAGCUUUAAGUAUUUGGAAUGAAUUGACUAAUGAUAUCAAAGAAUUUAUUUUAAAUAAAGGCAGAUGGAAACAACCAACGGGCAUAAGAGAUGAUGAUGGAUGGUUCAUUAAUGCUAAUCAACCAAAUCAGAAGGAUGUGUUAAUUGAAUUGUCAAUACUUGAGGAACAUAAGGUUGAUCCUUUAGCAACCGAAUGUUUACAUACAGAGGAACAAGUUAAAGAUCUGUUGAAAGAACAUGAAGAAUUUUUAGCUGAGAAUUCUAAAGUUAAUUUGGAGGACAUUAAUCGAAUCAAGGAAGGUAUUGAGAAAUUGGUAGAAGAUAUCAAGUCAUCAAAAUGUGAUGAUGUUGUUGAUCAGAAACGUUUACAUGAUGCUUUUAAAAAGUUAACCAAGAAGUUUGCUGAACUACAAUCAAAAUCAUCAGCAAGACAGUUAGACUUAUCAGUAUUACAACCACUUAACAAAUUCAUUGUAGAAAAGGCUAGAUGGAAACCUGUUGAUGUUACUAGUAGUACUGCUGAAACAAUCAAUGAUUCAAAACAAGCAACAGAAAGUUUGUUGACUGAAACAGAAAAGAGAGAUGGUGAUUAUGAUAAUGAAAGUGUGGAAGAAAAAAUUGGUGAUAAUAAAGCUGCUUCAAUUGUUCCUGAUACUGCUAUUCCAAUUUUGACUGCAACUACAACUGUAAUUGAUCAUGAUAAUGAACAUAAUGAAAUAGUAAAAGAACCAAAUUUAGAUUUAAAUCAAAAAUCGGACAGCUCUACACAAAACAUUGAUGAUGAUCAAGAGGCAUUUUCAACCGAAAAGGAUACAACAACUUUAGAUGAAAAAGAUAUAGACCCGGAUGAAAAAGAUGCAGGUUUAAAUGAAAAGGAGCCAAUUCCAGAAGAACCAAAAUUAGACCCGAAAGAAGAGUUUGAAAUCUUUACUGGAAAAGUUAAAGAAUUCCAAGAAAAUACAUCUGAGCAAACAAAUAAAGAAAAUCUCGAAAAUUUGUCUAUAAUAUUUAAUAAUUUCCAAAAACAAUUUCCAGAGAAAUUUGAACUAUUCAAUAGCAUAACAGAAGAGUAUAAUAAUAUCAAGUCACAAGAAGGUAUACGUGAAUUACAAGAUGUGAUUAAGUCACAAACUGAAUUGAAUGAAUUAUGGGAAAAUUUGGAUUUAGGCUCUAAUGAAUUUAAAGAUUUCAUCAAUAAAGUUGGCAAAUGGUAUGAUCAGCAUAAUAUUAUAUAUCGUGUAGAAGAUGACAUUUUUGAUGGACUCGAGGAUCAUAUCAAUAAAUUGGGUAAUGUGAGUUUUGACAAUUUGGAAUUUGAAGCUAAAGAAUUAGAUGAUAAAUUACAAAAGGCUAAAGAAAUGCUUGAAGAAGCCAAAUCCGGCGCUAGUCAGAUAGUUGAUAUUGACAAUGAUAUUUUAGACAUUACAAACCGUCAAAACUUUAAUAAACAUCAUUCAGAUGCCACUGCUCGACUUACUAAGUUGUCAAAUCUCUUCCAGAAAGCAUUAGCAGAAGCCCGUAAUGCUUCAUUGUUGGCAGCAUUCAGUGCUGAUGCUGACAAAAUCAUCAGUUCAUGUUUGGAGGGCACUUCGAUAGUUGAAUCAAGACGUGAUGAGUUCAACAAUAGUGAAUAUUAUUCAUUAGAAGCUGAAGCAUUAGAAAAUUUGAUUAAUAAUGCCAUGAUUGGAUUUUUAAAGAGCGAGGAACAAUUUAAAAAAUGUGAAGAAUUAAAUUUUGGCUUGAAAACUGAUGCCGAUAAAUUGAUUGAAAUGAAUCCUGAAGCAAAUAAAGAUUAUGUACAGAAUAUUUUAAAUAAAGUUACACAAGCGCUUGAAGGCUUCUCAAAUAGCAUUUUGGCUGAAAAACAGGGAAUUGAUAUGGCAAGAAAAAUCUAUCCGCAUACCAAGGCAUCAGAAGAUAUCAAUGAAUGGAUUUCAGCUUGUAAGGCGGCUGCAUUAAAUAUCCAAGUUGGCGCUAUAGAUCAAGAAGCUGAAGUCGAAGAAUUGGAAGAAAAUGCAAUGAAUUUCCAAUCUACUAUUGAUACUUAUAAAGAUAUGAGUCAACAUAUUCUUUUGCCAACUAUUAUCAAUGAUACCAAUGCCGUUAAUGAUAAUUACAAUCAAGCUUACCCGAUUGUCACUUCAGAAGACCUUCAUGAGCAUGACGAUAGUAACACUGAUAAAGGCAAUCUGAAUGCUUACGAUAAUAAUGAGGAUAGCAGUGUUUACUCAGAAGAUCUUCGUGAGCAUGACGAUAGUAACACUGAUAAAGGAAAUCUGAAUGCUUAUGAUAAUAAUGAGGAUAGCAGUGUUUACUCAGAAGAUCUUCGUGAGCAUGACGAUAGUGGUAUUGAUAAAGGCAAUCUGAAUGCUUAUUAUAAUGAUGAGGAUGGUAGUGAUGGUGUUGUAGAGGCUAGAACAAAAAGACUUUUAGAAGAUUGGGAUGAAUUAACAGAUUUAUUGGGAAAUUUAAGGUCAAGAUUGAAUGCAUCCAAAGAAGCACAAGAAGUUUUAAAAGCCAUCAAAGAUAUCUCAGUAUUAAUUGGUCAAGAAAAAGGACGAGUUUUAGACAUUGAAUCUUUCUUUAUUGGUGAGGGAGUACCAAGACUACCAACAAAAGACGAUGUCCAAACCAAUCUAAGAGAACUUGAUGAGAUACAAGCUGAAAUUGAUCAUAUGCUUGUACCAAAAAUUGAAGCAUUAGAUGAAUUGCUUAGUAAUUUAUCAGAGAAUGAGCCUAGUUUUACUAAACGGCGUUUAAGUAUAGCAGAAGCAUUUGCAAAUCUGGAAGAAAUGAUAGAUAACAAACGAUCACAGUUAAAUGAGGCAGAAAUAUUGGUAUUAUUUGGCAAGAAGGCAGACGAAAUGAAUACGUUAAUGAGCUCACUGCUUGAAGUUGUUGAUAGAGCCACAACAACAAACGAUGGAUUACCAUUAUCAUUAUUGACUAAAAUCGAAUUGGAUGCAAGGUUGAUUGAGAUAGAAUCACAAUAUUCUUAUUAUAAACCCAGAAUAGACGAUAAAUUUGAAGAUGUAAAAAGAAUAUCAGAACCUAUUAAAGAUGAUUGGAGAGUUUUGGAUAGAUUGGGUAUUUUAAAGGAACAAUGGGCAGAAUUGAUCGAUGUGACAAAUGCUAAAAUGGAUGAAUUGAGACGGUUAUUGUCUGGACAAAAGGCUAGACCUACAAGACAUGAAAGAUCGAGCUCUCAAAUAUUAUCAUCAGGCAGAAUAUCUUCACCAACUAGAAACAAUAGAUCAUCAUCUGCAUCACCUAGAAAACGUAGUGGAAUAGUCUCACCAGCAUUAACAGGACCAAAAUCUCGUCAACCAUCAUCUAGAAUUGGUAGUCCAUUAUUAACACCUAAUAGAUCAACACCAAGUCCAAAUCAAACACCAGGAUCACCAGGAUCACCAAGAAGACCACAAAUAAGAUUAGUACCACAUACAGUUAAUAAUUAUAUACCUGAUGUAAAAGACCCAUUGGAUGUUGAAGUAGCAAGAAUUGUUAAUUCAUGCCCAGUGAAAAUAAAAGUUUCCAUGGUGGAAGGUGAACAUGGCAAAUACACGUUUGGAGAGGUUGAUCCUAAACUUUGUUUUUGUCGUAUUUUAAGAAGUAGGAUGGUAAUGGUCAGAGUUGGUGGAGGAUGGGCUGAAUUGUCAAAGUAG